ACUGAUUUCCUGUCUGAAUUCCUGUUUGGUUUGAAACAAUUCGUGCUCUGAGCAUAUGCCUCUUGAGGCCAACCUAGGUUAAGAGUGAUAUUUCACAACCGGCCGGUGAGAGAAUCAUACAGGAGCUGCAUGAGCGGAGUCGUUCUGCGAAAUAAAAUGAGAUACUGGUUUCGGAUUGCUUUGGAAUUGUUGUUACCUUUUGAAUAGUGAAUUUCGAUUUUUGGUUUUUGUUGACAUGAAUUCUGCAUGGAACAGCUGUGAUUUUCAGAAAUUCGUAACUUUGUUUGUCUAGGCUUCUCUUUGUUAGGGCUGAGUCCGAAAUUGAUGGAAUGUUCAGCUAAUCGCAAUAAGAUAUGGCGACUAUUACUGCAAAUACAUCCUUACAAUUAACACGCUUCACUUCUGUAUACAAGUUCUAUGACGGCCGCCACAUUGGAACCGUCAAUGCACGGAGAGCAUGUUGUCAUGCUACGAGAGGAAGCCCUAACAUUAGAUUGUUAACUUCGAUCAAGGGUGGCAGUCAUACAUCAAGACUAAUGGGGUCAGGGCAGCAUGACCAUCUUGUUGCGCGCUGCAGCGGUGGCGAUUCAUCUGAAGCUACAGAAAUGCCCUCUGAUUCAAGUGAUAUGGAAGCUGACAUUAGCACCAUCAAUUCUUUAGAAAGCGAUGGAAAGGUUACGCAGACUACGGUAGACAGUGCUAUUACGGAGGCUUUAGAAGGUAAGAAAGACGACAAAAGCAGUAUUCAACAAAGUAGCAAUGCUGUUGCAACGGAGAAUGGUGCAAGCAAGGGAGUGGUUUACCCAUCUGGCGACAUGGUAUAUAAGAAGAAAGAAGGCUGGGAGGAAUUUGUUGUGAAGUGCCGCAUGCUUUUUACAUUGCCGUGGCAGAGAGUGAAGAAAGGAAGCGUGUUGACGAUAAAGCUUUCAGGCGAGAUUGCAGAGCAGUACCAAGGCCGGUUCAUGCAAGGGUUAUCCUUGCCACAGAUAUGUGAGAAUCUGAUAAAAGGAGCACAUGACCCACGCAUAGAGGGCGUCGUUCUAUCAAUUGAGCCCUUGGCCUGUGGUUGGGGAAAGCUUGAUGAAAUCCGACGACACAUGGAAUAUUACAAGCAAUCCGGCAAGUUCUUGGUAGGCUAUAUGCCAGUUGGUGGAGAGAAGGAGUACUACUUGGCAAGCGCAUGCUCAGAACUGUAUGCACCCCCGGGGGCAUAUAUUUCAUUAUUGGGUCUGAAAGUUCAAGGCCAAUUCCUUGGUGGGGUCUUGGAGAAGGUAGGUGUGCAACCCCAAGUGCAACGUAUAGGAAAAUACAAAAGUGCUGGAGAUCAACUUUCUCGCAAGGAUAUGUCAGAGGCCAAUCGAGAAAUGUUAACAGCUCUUCUAGAUGACAUCUAUGCAAAUUUUCUGGAAGAAGUGUCACGUGCUAAAGGUAAAACUAAGGAAGAAGUUGAGGCUUUAUUUGAAUCUGGUAUAUACAAAGUUUCUGACCUUAAAAAGGAUCGGUGGAUUACGGAUAUCAAGUACGCCGAUGAGAUUGAGGAGAUGCUGAAGGAGAGAAUUAAGGCAAAAAUGGAUAAACCUCUGCAGACAGUACAACACAGGAAAUAUUGUAGGGUCCAAUCGAAGACACUAGGCUUGGCGGGAGGGAGCAACCGUAUUGCUAUUAUAAGAGCAGCAGGAAACAUAACAAGGACUGCAAGUGGUAGACUGGGAGUCUCUGGCGAAGGCAUAGUCAGCGAUUCUUUCAUAGAGAGAAUUCGAUUUGUUCGAGAGGCUAAGCAGUUCAAAGCAGUCAUUAUUCGUAUUGAUAGUGGAGGUGGUGAUGCCCUUGCUUCCGAUUUGAUGUGGCGGGAAAUCAAACUCCUAGCUGAAAGAAAGCCAGUGAUUGCAUCAAUGGCCGACGUAGCAGCUAGUGGAGGCUACUACAUGGCAAUGGCAGCCGGAGUUGUCCUAGCUGAGCCGCUUACUAUCACUGGAUCAAUUGGAGUAGUAACAGCUAAGUUUAAUUUAGCAACUUUGUAUGAACGAGUUGGUUUCGCAAAAGAAAUUAUUUCCAGGGGCAAGUUUGCUGAGCUCGAUGCAGAUCAACGGCCUUUCAGCCCUGAGGAGGAGAAUUUUUUCAAGGAAUCAGCAAUGAAUGCCUAUACAUCAUUCCGAAAUAAGGCUGCAGAGUCGAGAUCAAUGCCGAUAGAGAAAUUAGAAGAAGUUGCGCAAGGGCGUGUCUGGACUGGCAAAGCUGCCCUAGAUCGUGGCCUGGUUGAUACUCUUGGUGGAAUCUCUAAAGCAGUUGCUAUUGCAAAACAGAAGGCUGGUAUAGCUGAAGAUCAACAGGUUUCACUUGUUGAGCUGUCAAGACGACAAGCAUCGCCACUCUCUUUAUUACUUGGGGGUGCUUCCGCACUGAACUUUUUUCUCCAAUUUUCUCAGACCGAGAUUGGCUCUAAAGUGCUAGAAUCCCUCCUAAAAGGAGCUCCUCUCCCUGGCAAUACUUCGUCUGGAGUGUUGGCACGAAUGGAUGCUAUUAGUGUGGAUGGUGUUGGCACCAAGUCUGCAGAGAAUGCAGGUGACAUGAGGUUUGUGAGCCAGAGCAUUGAAGACAGCUCCCUCUGGAGCUCGUUACUCGAAAUCAUGGCUGAUUUUUUGUAGUGUAACUCACUAUAGCAAGCUCAUCUCCAAGGUGUUCUAGUAAUCUGGAUUAUAAAUUUCUUUUAGAACUCUUAUUCUAGUGUCUUUGAGAAAACAAUCGUUGCACUUGGAAAUAUGAAUGCAACCUGAUGAAUAGAGUAUCAUGGUUCUAAAUUUUGUAGAUUUUUGACACUGUGUGCAACGUUGAGCGCUGCCAUGAAGUUUCUUUUUGUCAGUCAUCCAUAGAAUUUAUUGCGAAUACUUAGUUCUCAAACUCCAAGUCUGUUUGGGAGUUCGAAAUUGUUCUCAAUAUUUACGUCAAGGUGUUGAUGUGUGCUUUCACACAAACAUUUUUCUUGUU